AUGGCCCGCUUUUGGUGGAGUAAUAGAGCAGAUAGCUCGGGUAUUCAUUGGAUCUCUUGGGACCAUAUCUGCUCCCAUUUCUCAGACGGGGGUCUAGGGUUUCGGGUUCUCGAGGACUUUAACCUAGCCCUUUUGGCAAAGCAACUGUGGAGGUUACUUCGAUUCCCAGAUUCUUUACUUAGUAGAAUACUCAAAGGACGGUACUUUCGUUACAGUAGCCCCCUGGAGAUUUCCGUAUCUAAUCGGCCGUCCUAUGGAUGGAGAAGCCUACUUGCAUCUAAAGCAGUACUAAAACAUGGAAUCCGGAAAACAAUUGGCUCAGGAUUUAAUACGUUUAUUUGGACGGACCCAUGGAUCCCAGAUUCUCCUCCUAGACCACCCAUUGGGAUCACAGGGGACAGAAACCCCUUGGUCUGCGUUAACACUCUUAUUGAUCCGGUGUCCAAAACCUGGCGAAUGGAAAAGCUUAGGGAACUUUUCCCACCACAGGAAAUUGCCCUUAUAAUGGGAAUAAAUCCGAGUUUAAAUAGAUCUCGAGAUGGAUAUAGCUGGUCUGCCACUAAAUCAGGCAACUAUACAGUCAAAUCUGGUUACGAAGUUGCGAGAACUCUAUCUCGCCCAGCUUGCGACCUCCCUUUUCAGGGACCUUGUGUUACCGCUCUACAGGCGCAGAAAGCAAGGAACAAAAAGCUCUUUGAGAAUAAAGAGGAAUCCCCACAAGAUACGGUGGAUAAGGCAGUUUUGGAAGCAGAAUUGUGGCAUCAAGCCAAUAACCAAGUUGUUUCCACGUCUGUGGGUGAGAUUAGGGGAGACCUUAGACCCCUACCGUGUGACUCAUUGGUAUGUUUUAUUGAUGGGUCGUGGAUGGAGGCGGAUGCCAGAAGUGGACAUGGCUGGAUAGCUUCGACAGGUGAGCAUGACAUCCUUCUUGGUUUAAAGUGCUCACCUCGGAGCCUCUCGCCUCUUCACUCGGAGUUAGAUACUCUAUUAUGGGCUAUGAAAUGCUUAAUUGCUCACUCGGUCGACAAAGUUAUAGUCGCAACGUAUUGUCAAGAUUUGGUUACUAUGCUCGCUCAAGGAGAGGAUUGGCCAGCUUUUGGAUCAGAAAUUCGUGAUUUUUCCUUUUUACAGCACAGUUUUUCCGAGUUUAGUAUUAGGCAUAUUCCUAGAAGUUGGAAUUUCCGUGCUGAUAAACUUGCGAAAUGUGCAAGAGUGCGUGGUUUUUGUUUUUCCCAUGUAGGUCAAUCGGUCCCUGCUUGGCUCUCUCUCGAAGAAAAUCAAUUCCGAUAG